AUGUUUCGUCAAACUCCGUAUCGAAACUUGUUUGCUUGGACUGCUUUGAUUUCCGGGUUGGUGCAGAGUGGGAAUGGUUUUGACGCGUUUCACAUGUUUGUUGAAAUGCGGCAUGACGGGGUUAGUGUUACAGACCCGUUGGUUCUUUCCAGUGUGGUUGGUGCUUGUUCUAAUCUAGCUCUUUGGGAGCUGGGUAAACAGAUGCACGACUUGGUUAUAGCCCUUGGCUAUGAGUCUUGCUUGUUUAUAAGCAAUGCACUUGUAGAUAUGUAUGCCAAAUGCAGUGACCUUGUUGCUGCAAAGUAUAUCUUCUCUGACAUGUGCAAAAAGGAUGUGGUUUCUUGGACUUCAAUAAUAGUUGGCAGCGCCCAACAUGGGCAGGUUGAGGAGGCUCUGGGUCUGUAUGAUGGCAUGGUUUUGGCUGGACUUAAGCCAAAUGAGGUGACCUUUGUUGGGUUGAUUCAUGCAUGUAGUCAUGCUGGCCUGGUUAGCAAGGGCAGGGCUUUGUUCAGGUCUAUGGUUGAAGAUUACGGAAUUACGCCCUCCCUUCAACACUAUACUUGUUUGUUCGAUCUUUUAAGUCGAUCAGGGCACCUUGAUGAGGCUGAGAGUCUCAUUAGAACUAUGCCAGUCUACCCUGAUGAAGAAACACAGGAGCUGAAGCCACCAUCAUGGCUAGAGGGCUGA